AUGGCCGACUCGGACUCUUCCCUGUCUUCUGCGCCUCCUACCGACGAUGAGAUGGAUAUUCAAGUCACACAGGCGACGGCCGCAAAGCCUGCGCCCCAGAAAAAGAGGAAGAAGAAUGGCACCAUCUUGACUUUCUUCAAGCAUCGUUCGCCCUCUCCGCCCCCGAGGAAACGGGAACCCUCUCCACCCCAUGAACCGGUGCCAGAGGACAAUCCAGACAUUGCUUUCAUUGUCAUGUUUCGUUCGCGCUUCAACGAAGCCUUCCCCCGAGGCUCCCCCCAUGUCGGCCCACAGGACAUUGAAUCAGGUGUUGCCGAACACACUCCAUCGGCCGAUGUCGAGGGUCUGCUGUGUUCCCUGCUUGGUCUUGUCCUCAAUCGCAAGAAACCUGUCGAGAAAGGUCACUAUGGUCGGGCUCUCGAAGAAGCCAUCCAAACCCAGAGGUCGCAAUGGCCCACCAAGUGGACCACCAAUCCCCUUAGCGGUGGUCGCAGCUUCAAUACCAUGACACCGGAAGAGCGGAUAACCCUCCUCCACUCGCUGUGUCUAUGGAGUCUUAACCAGAACGAGCAGGUCAAGAACAUGAUCAAUACGGCCUACAAGUCACGGACUACCAAAGACAGGCAAGACACAAACAUUCCCUUGUCGGUGCAGGCCUGGGGCCGUGACGGCGAUAAGCGGCGGUACUACCUAGUCGAGGGGCAAAACGAUACCCAUUUCCGUGUCUACCGCGAAACCGAUCCCAAGCUGAAAAAGGUCCAAUGGAUCAGCGUAGCUGGUUCUAUCGAACAAGUGCAGGCACUAGCGAAGAAACUAGACGAGGUCGACGGUCACAAAGAAGCAAAGGCACUAAGCGAGCGCAUGCUCAACGCUGUCCCACGGUUUGAGGCUUCAGAAGUCAAGCGAAAGCGACGUGAAUACACUCGCCAGCGCAAGGACGCCUUCACACGCCCAGAACCUGGCUUCUCUUUGUACGAAGGCCGCACCCGUGGCAAGCGCCAGCGAUAUACAUUCGACGACGAGGAUGAAUUUGACUCAGACAACCUCUCUGUGCGUAGAUCUGGACGGCAUUCGGGUCGCGACACUCCUGCUGCACCCUCUGGCCCCACUGUUACUGCGAGUGGUCGCCAGGUACGGUCUCGCGCAACCGGCCUGUAUGGAGAAAAGCUCCACAGUGGACAAGUUACCGAUCACCCAUCGCCGGCGACUGGUGACUAUGUGCGAUCGGACGUGUCAGAGGAGCCGCAGUCAGGCCAUGGUCGGGCUGCACGGGCUGCGAAUAGAGGUGCGAUCAACGAGCGUACAUUGAAGCGGGCGAUGGAUUCAGAAGACGACGAAGAUGCAACGUCGUGGGAUGGUGGAGACGAUGACGAGGAAGAGCCUGAUCAGAUGGAUCUUGAUGACGAUGAAGACGAUGCCGGUGCUGAUGACUCUGAGGAAGAAGAUGACGAGCCAAGCUUGAUGGUCACCCUCCGUUACCGUAAGCCAGGCUCUGACGCCCAAGACAACGACGCAACCAUGAGCAACGGUGCAGGUCCAGAUGCCGCACCAGUUUCCAAAGCACAGCCGCCACAACCACUACAGAAGGAGACUACACCCCGCCUCGAACCAUCAGCGUCAGCAGUGCAACCAGAAGCACUCUCAGCAGCUAACGGUCUCUCCACUCCACAGCAGUCCGACACAGCACCCGCCAUCUCCAAGUCACAGGAACUCUCCGCCGCCAACCCAGACGCCACAUCCAAACUACACAACAGCAGCUUCUUCUCAGCGCCAACCCCGCCAUAUAGCGCACCCGAAGAAGCUUCAAAGCCACAACUUCCAGCAGACCAAACACCCAUGAACGUCGAGGUUCCAGCAACGCAAUAG